CUCAUGUAAAUCACUUGUACAAACAAAGUCGACUCUGGAAACUGGUGUCUCUGCAUAAAACAUAGUCAAGAUUUUCAACUGCUACCAUUUACUUUUUUAAACUUUACAGCAACAACAGAAUUACCAAACCAUCAAUGAAAGAAAGUAGCACCAUUUUCUUGUUCUUAUGUUUGCUCUCAGUUGUUGCUUUCUCCUCUGCAGCAGACACCUUAGCUGCAGGUGAAUUUAUCACUGAUGCACAGACCAUUGUUUCGGCUCGCGGAGAGUUUGCAAUGGGAUUUUUCAGCACCAAAGGAAAUCCCCGGAACCGAUAUUUCGGCAUAUGGUUCAACAAGAUAUCGAAUAGAACAGUGAUAUGGGUGGCCAAUAGAGAGUCUCCAAUCUCGAAUACUUCUGGCGUUGUGAGGGUCAGUAGCAGGGGAAUUGUUGUAAGUGUUAAUCAGAGUACUGACAGCUUAUGGACGUCCAAUUCUUCGAGAUCAGUGAAGAAUCCAGUGGCUCAGCUACUAGAUACAGGGAAUCUUGUUUUUCGGGAUCAAAGUGAGCCACAAAAUUUUGCAUGGCAAAGUUUUGAUCAUCCCGUGGAUAAUUUUCUGCCAGGAAUGAAAUUUGGAUAUGACCUGGAAAGUGGCGUAGACAGGUAUUUUCUACCAUGGAAAAGUGAGGAUGAUCCCGCUCCCGGUAAUUAUAUCCAUCGGGUGGAUAAAAAUGGUUAUCCGCAGCUACUUUUGUGGAAAGAUUCAGUUCCUUGGUACAGAACUGGACCUUGGGUUGGCUCAGGAUUUAGCGGCAUUCCUGUUCUCAAGCCUAAUGGAAUUUACACACCCAAAUUUGUCAUCAAUGACAAGGAAGUGUAUUAUGUUUUCGAUCUUGUUAAUCGUUCCGAAUCUCCUAUUACAAGGUUGACAUUGACACCAGGCGGCGUAUCGACUCGUUACACAUGGAACAGAGAGAAACAAGAGUGGUCACAAUAUCUGACUUUACAAGUGAGCGAUUGUGAUCGUUAUGGAAUUUGCGGAUCCAAUGGCGUUUGCAAUGUCAACAAGUCUCCGAGGUGUGAAUGUAUGGAUGGGUUUAGUCCCAAAAAUCCAGAGGACUGGGAGGAAGCCGAUUGGGCUGAGGGUUGUUCGCGCAAUGUUCCACUGGAAUGUGGAAAUGGAGAUGGUUUCUCGAAGAUUACUGGUGUAAAGUUGCCAGACACGCGAUGGUCCUGGUAUAACAGGAGCAUGAGCCUCGUGGAAUGCGAGGACAAGUGCUUCAAGGACUGCAAUUGCACGGCUUAUUCAAAUACAGAUAUUCGAAAUGGGGGAAGUGGAUGCUUGUUAUGGUUUGGCGAUUUGAAGGAUAUGCGAGGAUACUCUGAAGAUGGACAAGAUCUAUUCGUAAGAAUGCCCGCAUCUGAAUUUAAGAGGAGCAAAAAUUCUGGACAAAAGACGCGAGUGUGGAUCAUAUUAAUUUCUGUCUUUUUAGUACUAGCUGCAAUAUUUUGCCUCUUCAUGUUGUAUAGAAUCAAGAAAAGAAGGAUCAACAGCGCAGGAAUAGUGCAACUCAACUCAAUAAAUCUUGCUGCUACGGAUACAGAUGAGAGCCCAGAUCUCGAUUUACCUUUGCUUGAUUUCAUGCAAGUUGCAAAUGCAACAGAUAAUUUCUCCUACAAUAACAAGCUUGGCGAAGGAGGUUUUGGUGCUGUUUACAAGGGAGUGUUGGAAGAGGGACAAGAAGUAGCUGUAAAGAGGCUCUCAAAGGACUCAAGACAAGGAGUCAAUGAGUUCAUGAAUGAAGUUUCAUGCAUUGCUAAACUUCAGCACCGAAAUCUUGUGAGGCUCAUCGCAUGCUGCAUUGAUGAAGGGGAAAGGAUGUUGAUCUAUGAAUAUAUGCCUAACAAAGGUCUUGAUUCAUUCAUUUUUGACAAAGAAAAAUGCAAAUCAUUUGAUUGGCCAAAGCGCUACAAUAUUAUAAACGGCAUUGCAAGAGGGCUACUCUAUCUGCACCAGGAUUCAAGACUAAGAAUCAUUCAUAGAGAUCUCAAAGCCAGUAAUAUUUUACUUGACUAUGAUAUGAACCCGAAAAUAUCAGAUUUCGGGUUGGCAAGAAUAUUCGGAGGGAGUGAAACUCAAGCCAGCACAACAAGGGUAGUGGGGACAUACGGAUACAUGCCUCCAGAGUACGCCAUUGAUGGAUUGUUCUCAACUAAAUCGGAUGUCUACAGCUUCGGUGUAUUACUACUAGAGAUAAUAAGCGGGAAGAAGAACAGAGGCUUUCAUCAUCAAGAUCACAACCUUAAUCUCGUUGGCCAUGCAUGGAGAAGCUACAAUGAAAACAAUCUUGCGGACAUAGCUGAUAAGGUGAUCUUGGAGUCGAGUAACGAACAUGAAGUGUUUCGAGUCAUUGAAAUCGGUUUAUUGUGCGUGCAAGAAUAUCCUGAAGACAGGCCAAACAUGUCAUCAGUAGUUCUGAUGCUGAGUAGUAAAAUUCCGUUGUCGAUUCCUAAAAAGCCUGGAUUUUACUCGGAGAGAAGAAAGCCUAAUGACACAACUUCUUCAUCAACAAACCAUACAUCCUCUAGCAUCAACAGCUAUAGUGUCUCAUUCUUUGCACCUAGAUAGUAUGCACUUUUGUUAUUAGUUUGCAUAAAUUUUGUGAAUAACUGAAUAUGAAUUGGUAGUUGUA